AUGGAAGCCCGGAUGUAUGAAGCAAACCAAUAUGGCAGAAUAUUUGGAAAUUCUCACGUAACAUCUGUGGAUCUACAAGCCCAGAUUGAGGAUGCUAUCCUAACACUUUGUUCUUCUGAAAUAUCUGCAUUUGGGGUUGAUCGAUCUGCAGAGAUUGUUGUCUCGACAAAAGGAGUAACCAUGGUCCCCGCCGGUUUAAAAUCUUUGGGCUUAGCUGUGUCAUCCAUCAAAAGUGGCCUGGAGGAGACAACUGGAAAAGCCUGUGACAGGUUCACCUUCCUGCAUCUGGGAAGCAGGGACAAUGCAUGGGUGAUGCCUCAGCUCGGAGAGAUGCUCUUCUGCCUGACAUCCCGAUGCCCAGAAGAAUUUGAAUCUUACGGCUGUUACUGUGGGCAAGAAGGACAAGGCGAGCCAAGGGAUGCCCUGGACGGGUGCUGUUUUUCCCACCACUGCUGCCUGGAGCAGGUGAGGAAACUGGGCUGCCUGCUUGAGAGGCUUCCUCGGUCACCAGUGGAGUGUGCGGACGGUACAGCCAAGUGUGUGGGGCAGAGCCUGUGUGCGAAGCUGCUUUGUGCCUGUGACCAGACGGUGGCCGAGUGCGUGGCCUCUGCCUUCUUUAACCAAAGCCUCAAGUCAUCGGGCGCACGUGAGUGCCAGGGCCACCAGCUGUCCUGCGAGGACAGCAUGCCUGGGGGCCCUGUGGCUUCCUCCCCUGGCUCCAGCUCUGAGGAGGACAGCGAGGAGGCCAUGUCCCACACAGAGGGCCGCAGAAGAACCAGAAGAUUUCUGGGGAAGUCACUGGGUCCUGUGGGGACUAGGCGACAACAUGGCCCCAGAGAGACCCCUGGAGAAAGCAACAAGUGCCCCCCACAAUAG